AUGAAUUCAUUCAUCGAAACAAAUAAUAAUAAUAAUAAUAAUUUAAAUUUAAAUAAUUUAAAUUUAAAAUCUAUCAAUUCAGAAUCAAUAAAAUUACAAAAUAAUGAUAAAGAGAAUAAAGAGAAUCAGAAUAAUGAUGAUGACAUAUUAAAAGAUGGUAGUGACAUAAAUCAACAAAAAUUAAAUGAUGAAUCAAAUCAGGAUUUGAAAGCUUGUGCAUUAUAUGAUUUCCUGGCAGAGAAUACAUCAGAAUUGAGUUUUCAAGAAGGUGAUACAUUAACAAUAAAUUAUCGACAAUGUGUUGGGUGGUUAGUAGCUGAGCUUGAUGGUAAG